CGAGGAUAUGGCGGCGGCGGCGGCCCGGGUGCGGGCGGGGUCGCGGCGGGUCCCAGCGCUCUGGCGGAUGCGGUGGCUGCCACUGUUGCUGUCAGUGACGGCGGCGGCGGUGGCGGCGGAGCAGCAGGUGCCGCUGGUGCUGUGGUCGAGUGACCGGGAUCUGUGGGCACCGGCAGCCGACGCUCACGAGGGUCACAUCACCAGCGACAUGCAGCUGUCUACCUACUUGGACCCCGCCCUCGAGCUGGGCCCCCGGAAUGUGCUGCUAUUCCUGCAGGACAAGCUGAGCAUCGAGGAUUUCACCGCAUACGGUGGGGUGUUUGGCAACAAGCAGGACAGCGCCUUCUCGAACCUGGAGAAUGCCCUGGCCCUGGCCCCCUCCUCACUGGUGCUCCCUGCGGUUGACUGGUAUGCCGUCAGCACCCUGACCACCUACCUUCAGGAGAAACUUGGGGCCAGCCCCCUGCACGUGGACCUGGCCACACUCCGGGAGCUGAAGCUCAAUGCCAGCCUCCCGGCCUUGCUGCUCAUCCGGUUGCCCUACACAGCCAGCGCUGGCGUGAUGGCUCCCCGGGAAGUCCUCACAGGCAACGACGAGGUCAUUGGGCAGGUGCUGAGCACACUCAAGUCCGAGGAUGUCCCGUACACAGCGGCCCUCACGGCAGUCCGCCCUUCCAGGGUGGCCCGGGAUGCAGCCAUGGUGUCUGGGGGUCUAGGUCGGCAGCUGCUAGAAAAAGCGACAGAGGCAGAUGUGACUCACCCCCCUGUGAGCUACAAUGACACAGCCCCCCGGAUCCUGCUCUGGGCCCAGAACUUCUCUGUGACUUACAAUGGCCAGACGGAGGACCUGACCUCCCUCACUUUCGGGGCCCAGGAACUCAACCUGACUGGCUCGUUCUGGAACAGCUCUGCCGCCGGACUCGCGCUGACCUACGAGCAACUCUUCGGUACCAUGGUGACGUUCAAGUUCAUCUUCGCUAGCCACUUCUACCCAGUGUCUGCCUGGCACUGGUUUACCAUGGAGCGCCUCGAGAUCCACAGCAAUGGCUCUGUCGCCUACUUCAACGCCUCCCAGGUGACUGGGCCCAGCAUCUACUCCUUCCACUGUCAGUACGUCAGCAGCCUCACCAAGAAUGGCAAUCUCCUCGUGCCCCACACGCAGCCCUCUGCGUGGGACGUGACACUUCGGGACUUCCAGAUCCAGGCCUUCAAUGUGACGGGCGAGCAGUUCUCCUACGCCAGUGACUGUGCCGGCUUUUUCUCCCCGGGCAUCUGGAUGGGGCUGCUGACCUCCCUCUUAAUGCUCUUCAUCUUCACCUACGGCCUGCACAUGAUCCUCAGCCUCAAGACCAUGGACCGCUUCGACGACCACAAGGGCCCUGCUAUCUCUCUGACCCAAAUCGUGUGACCACCCCACGUUGCUGGGGGGCCGAGAGCCGUGGCUGUCACUUUUCCACCUCUGGUCACGCUGGACUGGAGGGCUGCUGGCCUGCCUCCCCUUUCCUCUCAUAGCAUGAACCCCAAGCUCCCUCACCCCGGCUUGCUUCCUCCUCUCUUCCACCCCGAGGGGCUUCCCUGGGGCUGCCCCCACCGCCGCCACCGUGUCUACCAACAAGAUGUACAUAUAUUUUGCGUAGAUAUUAGACAGAUCUCCGAGGCUCAGUCGUUGUGAGGGGGAGGGAACGUUAAUUCUAGGGACCCUUCCUCCCCCUUUCUCCUUAUUCCCGUCUCUCGAACAUCACCCCUUGCUGUUUACAUUGCUUUUGUGUAGCAAAUGCCCCCUCCCCAAGCUUUGUGGGGCUCCCUGCAGCAGCCCGGAGCUUGAUAGUCCCUGAGUUUGGGGGGUAUGGAAGUAGUAUUUAACUGCGUGUCCUACUUGGCUGUCCUUACUUGAUCCGUUUUUUGGUGAUGUCGAGCUAAAAAUAAGCAGUACAAUGGGGUUUGUUUCUGUGGUCUGAGAAGGAAGGAACCUCCAUGGCAGCUGGGUUGAGUGUGAUCACUGUGUUUCUGGCAUUUUCCCACCAGGAGUGCCUGGCAGGAGCCUGGGGGCACUUAGUUUGCUUACUAAUAAAAACGGGUCACCAUGA